AGUCGGGCGAGGUCGGCAAAGAGAACAUGGAGGAACGCAAAUCGUCGUCGUCUGCUGAGACUGAGUCUCUCAAGCGCAAGAGAUUUGACGAGAUUGUGCCAGAAGAUACUCAAGAGGAGACCAGUGAUCGGAAGGUGUCCGAAGGUGAGAAUGGGAGCACGGACGAAGAUGAUUCGGAGCAACGAUUAGAAGGCCGACGAGAUUAUAAGGUCACAUCCGACGGAGUGGAGCUAAAGGUCCAGAGCAUCCGAGAGAAGAUGGAGCUCUUUAAUCAGCAUGUUUCGGGCUUGCUCGAGGAAGGGAAAAGAUACUUCCUAGAUGCUGCAUCGGCAUUUGAAAAACAAGUCGUAAUUCUGCAUCAAAAGCAAAUAGACAAAUGGGAGAGAGAAAUCGACCUUUUACACUCUGUUGAUGCUGUAAGCAAGGAGAUAAAUAACCGUCUGGCGGACUCACAAGCGGCAAUUUCUCAGCUGAUGGACCACAUGAUGACUCCGGCCAUGGAUGAUGUGUGAUGAGUAAAUCUGAUGUUCUCGUAUCGUAUUCUUUUCUUGUUUGAAAGGCAUUUAUUCGGUUCAGAAUGUCAGUUGCAGAGCAGUGCCCGGCAAAGUCAGACCUUGGGUAUCAUCGUUAAUCUUCUCUUGUUUAGAUUUUGCGAGAUUCAAUAUCUUGGGCGCGACAGUUGGACUCACUUUGGGUAGAGAAGAGAAUUCACUAGUAGAAGAAGAUGCUAGAUUUAUCUGAUAUACUUGUUCAUUUUCAUUACUAUUUCAUUACU